UUCUUCCUCUUCCUCACACCACCAAGCCCGCACCUCCGGCAGCAGACCUCCGGCUAUCCCUUGCUCGGCUUCCACGUCCCACACCUGCCUCACGCGCCCGGACUGCCCACACUUGCGCCCGCCCCGCCCCGCCGACGAUUGCACGCCCAGACCACCCACGCGACCACACCGCCGCCCGGGCCGCUCGCCGCCGGCGCCCGCCAGCAUGCUCUCGCCCCUGCUGCGCUUCGUCGCGCUCGCUGCGCUUGCCGCGCCGCUGCUCGCCGCGGCCGCGUCGCCGGCGCAGCCUGACAGCCGCGAGCUCGCUCAGCUGGCAGCGCGCGCCGCCGUCGGCGCCGCGCCCGCCUACCACCUGCCCGCGCGCCGCAGCUACGACUCGCACCACUACUACGCCGUCGAGAUCCGGGCGUCGCACUCGGCAUGGACGGAUCCGCGCGAUGUCGCCGAGGCGCUCGGCGCCGAGUUCGUCGAGCGCGUCGGCGAGCUGCGCGACCACUGGCUCGUGCGCAGCCCCAAGCCGCUCGUCCGCGCGACAGACGAUGAAGCCGCUCUGCAGGCGCGCCAGCCGGAGCGUUUCGCCGACGUGCCGUUGCACCAGGAUGCUGUCAUGAAACGCUGGCACAGCCUCUCGCACGCGCGCUUUGCGCCAGCCGGCACGGCCGCGUUCUCGCCGCGCACCCUCUCCGCCGCCGAGGCGAUCCGCAGCGUCGAGCGGCAGGAGCUGCGCCGCCGGCACAAGCGCGACAUCAUCUACGACCCGCCGACGAUGCGCCAUCUCUACCCCGAGAUGCGCGCACCGGUGCCGGGCCCGGCGCCGCAUCCAUACCCGGACCCGCUGCCGCGGCCGCCGCCGAUUCCCUCGGCCAAGGCGGCACAGAUGAUGGGCACGCACGACAUCCGCGACCCCAUCUUUGCGGAGCAGUGGCAUCUCGCCAACGACCGCAUCGGCACCAACGACCUCAACAUCUCGGACGUGUGGUCCUCGGGCCAGCGAGGCAAGGGCGUCAACGUGUGCCUCAUCGACGACGGGCUGGACUUCAAGAGCCCGGACCUCAAGGACAACUUCUUCGAGGCCGGCUCGUACGACUUCAACACGCAUACUGCACUGCCCGAGCCGCGCCACUCCGACGACCAGCACGGCACGCGCUGCGCCGGCGAGAUUGCGGCUGUGAAGAACGACGUGUGCGGCGUGGGCGUGGCGUAUGAGGCGCACGUGGCCGGCGUGCGCAUUCUCUCGGGCCCGAUCUCGGACGUAGACGAGGCCGCGGCGCUCAACUACCGCUACCAGGAGAACCACGUGUACAGCUGCUCCUGGGGUCCGCCGGACGACGGACGCAGCAUGGACGCGCCCAAGGGCCUGAUCGCCAAGGCCAUGCUCAACGGCAUCCAGAACGGGCGCGGCGGCAAGGGCAGCAUCUUUGUGUUCGCCGGCGGCAACGGCGGAGCGUCGGACGACCAGUGCAACUUCGACGGCUACACGAACUCCAUCUACAGCAUGACGAUUGCGGCCGUCGAUCGCGAGGGCCUGCACCCGUACUACUCGGAGAUGUGCGCAGCCAACAUCGCCAGCGGCUGGAGCAGCGGCUCGGGCGACCACAUCCACACGACCGACGUCGCCUGGAACGGCGUGAACCGCUGCACGACGCACCACGGCGGCACGAGUGCUGCCGCGCCGCUGGUCGCCGGCGUGGUGGCGCUGGCGCUGGCCACGCGGCCGGACCUCACGUGGCGCGAUAUGCAGCACAUCGCCGUCAAGUCCGCCGUCAUGGUCGCGCCGGACGACAAGGACUGGCAGCAGACGCAGGCGGGCAGGCACUACAACCACAAGUUCGGCUACGGCGUCAUCGACGCAUAUCAGUUCGUCGAGGAGGCGAAGCGGCACGUGCUCGUCAAGCCGCAGGCAUGGGCCGCCAGCCCGAACAUCAGCAUUGCGCGCGACGACACGCUCAUCGGCCUCGAGGGCGUCAAGAGCACGUUCACAGUGACGAAGGACUGGCUCGCGGAGCAGAAUCUCGAGUCGAUCGAGCACGUUACGGCCCGCGUCUGGAUCACGCACGAGCGCCGCGGCGACGUUGACGUCGAGCUCACGAGUCCGCACGGCACGCGCAGUGUACUGGCGCGCCCGCGCCGCUACGACGACGCGCGCACCGGCUUCGUCGGCUGGGGCUUCAUGUCGCUGAAACACUGGGGCGAGGACCCCGUCGGCACCUGGACGAUGGAGGUCUUCGACCGCGCGAACCCCAAGCAGACGGGCAACUUCUGGGCGUGGUCGAUGACGCUGUGGGGCGAGACGAUGGACGCGUCCAAGGCCAAGGUCUGGAACUUCCCGGAAGACUCCGUCGAGUACCACGAGACUCUGCCUGCCGCGCCGAGCACCACGACGGUGUACCAGCCGGAGCUCGUGUCGAGCCAGCGCCCCAAGCCCACCGACCAUCUUCCGGAGGACCACGGCAGCAAGCCGGGAGAGACGAGCGCCGACUUUACCCACAGCCGCCCUACUCUUACUCCGACGCCCGAGGCGGACACGGGCUAUAUCUCCGGCCUCAAGAGCUCGACGUGGCUCUUCGUCGCGACGGGCAUCGUCAUCAUCUUCGCGGCGUCGCUCGGCACUUUCUUCCUGCUGCGGCGGCGCCGCGCUCGCGCCCGCCGCAUUGGCGAUGCCGCCGCGUACGAGUUCGUGCCGGGAGAGGACGACGACCUGGCCAUGUCUGCGCUGCCCGGACGCGCCGGCUCUGGAACGCGCGGUGGCGGCCGCGGCGGACGCCGCGCAAAGGAGCUCUACGAUGCUUUUGGCGAGGCGACCGACGAAGAGGACGAGGGCGAGGAGGACAAGCUCGUGCGCCGCGGCGCAAACCCGCAGGGGUACCGCGACGAGCCGGACGACGCAGACGAGCGCUUCACCAUCGGCGACGAGCAGCCGACGCCCGCCACGGCGGAGGCGCUUGCCAGCGCGCAGGAAGGCAACGAAAAGACAGCGGACCUGCUGUCCGACCCCAGCGCGCCCGAUGCGGAGGGCAGCGGCAGCGGCGGCAGCGGCAGCUGGCAAGACGCGGGUGCUGAGCGGUAAGGCAGCGGGUGCCGGAGGGUGGCUGGGCGAGGCGCGGCGAUGGACGGGCUGGGAGGGGCCUCAGCCGCACCGGGCGCGGCGCGCCGGCUCGAUGAGCUAUGGCCUGUCGCAUGUGCACGCGCCUGAUCGCAUAUAAUACAUUCACCCUUU